AUGAGCUUGCUAUCAACGAAUGAUCCGAACAUUCCAUUGCACUGCAAUGUCUGCCCAAAGAAGCCCGAUUUCUCCGAUGUUUCCCACCUCCUCACCCACGUGGCCAGCAAAGGCCAUCUCAGCCACUACUUCAGGAUUAAAGUGAGAGCUUCCACCGAUUCGGCAGCGCAGAAGAUCGUAGACGACUAUGACGAGUGGUACCUGGAGUGGAACCUGGAUGAGUUGAUGCGGGAGCGGAUGAAUCAGAAGGAGAGGAAGCGUGGCUCGUCCAGUGGAGCUGCAUCUCGGAGAGCAUCUGGUGGUAAGUGCAUAAUAACCAUUGGAGUGAUCUCGAUAGCUGACUCGUCAUAGUUACGAAUGCGUCCGCCAACAAUUCGGGGCGCAACACGCCUGUAUCACAGUCUCGCGGUCGGCGAGAGACUCGCUUGCGUGAGAACAUGCACCUACUCGACCCUCAGCUCGGCAACAGACGCCGCAUGGAGCACAUGUCGCGUCCAGACACGCCAGCUUCAAACUUCUCCUACGAUGCCUCGAACAUACAGCGCUCUCUCAUGCCCGCUUUUCCUGGCUGGGCCAGCAACGGUGUCGACUUCUCCGACUCACCGCUCAUCAAGCAAGAGAGCUUCGGCAGCACGCCCUCCGACGACGAAGACAAUGACUACGACUUCGUCCCUGGCCGAGCUCAGGCCACGCGGCGCCGUCAAUAUCCGAGCGAGUCUGUUGCGUCCGUCAUCGACGAUGACAACGUGGAUGGCUUGGCCAAUGACAGCACGAAGCUAAAGGGCGUUUUGUGGCCCGGGAUGGCUUUGUUUGACUCCGCCACUCCAGAGAUGAAACGCAAGCGCAACCAGAAGAAGAACGUCUCGGUGUUGAAAUAUCUCCAGGCGACCAGUGAGACGGUUGAGCCAACCGAGUGUGUCUUCGACACCAGCGGUGCUCUUAGAAAAGAGCGCGAGAUUACUGGCAACCCAGAUUCCGAGGACAGCCUGAUCGAGGGCGAGUCCGAGCCGGAGCCCGACAUGACUGAGAAGAAGCGCUCACGGCGUCGCCCAAGACAAGCAAUGGCGGAGAAGAACGUCAAUACCGGACGCACCCUACGCGCGCGGCGCGAGCCACACCACCCCAACAGCGCUCGGAGAGGCAGAGGUCCUUAUUACGAGCAACCUGCUGAGGACGACGACGACCUGACUUACGGUCAGCCACGUUCGAAGAAGCGGACUGGCCUCAGCAUCCACCGUGACAAUACUGGUCCCGAAGUCUCUUUCGACCAGCCGGCACCCAUGAACUACCUCACUUCUGGCUUCCGCAACCCACUGCAGAACGGCAUGGUGGCUCCUCAGCAGCCGUACCAGAACAAUACUGUCCCGCGUGUCCACUCCCGUCAGCCGUCGUGGGGUCAGAUGAAUGGCAACUUCAGAUCCGCCAUCAACAGCAACCCAUUGACUGCUCAGAACCUGUCUCAGUUCGGUCAAUACUACAAUCAGACUGCCGUUCAUCCAGCUGGUGCCCCUACCGGUCACCAUCAGUUCAAUGUCUUCCAGCAGCCGCAGCAGUAUGGUCUCGGCCAGCAGCACCAUGCCGGAAGUGGCAUGUUCCAUCCACAGACCGCAUGGGACAUGUUCAACUUCGAUGGUCCAGACUGGAGCAUGUUUGGCAACGACAUGGGCUUCACCGUCGACACGGCGCCGACCAAUCCUCUCUUCCUCAGCAGCACCAAAGAAGACGAUGAGGCUACCAUCUCGGCGAAGAGCGACGGCUGA